AUGUCCCGCCACUACAGCCUCCUUAAAGAGGAAAACGAACGCAUUCUUUGGAGUGCCAGCAAAAUGGUGAGUUUGCCCGAAAUGCCAUGAAGAAUUUUAUUGUUAGGAGACAUUUGAAGGAAACCUCUUAACAGAGUCUCUGGAGUGAAAUUAUAGUAUCUGUAACCCGAAUUGUUUUGUUACAAUUAGUACAAACUUAAAAACAAGAAGCUGAAUAAAUAACCUCAUUACAUAGUCAUAGAACCAUUGCGAUCGGCGCUGUAACAUGUAUUGAAUGCUUGGAAAGAAAUUAUAGCAUAAGUUGUCAGACAGGCAGACGGAUGCGGUCAUUAAGUCAAACAACCUGAAAUUCGCGAAAUACGAAAUAAACAUUGCUAAGUACCCAAACUAAGCGUGAAAAAAGAUAGCCCUUACACAACAACUGAAAGUCGUUGCUAACAAGACAAUUGACUUUACUCGUUCGUGGACUGGUUUCUUCAGACUUUCCAACGGGAAAUUUUGAGAAAAAGACGUAAAAACAACUUACAACAAAGCUUGAAUAAAGCUUUCUGAAGCCAUUUUAAGUAUUUUGAGUGAUUGCUGGGAAAAAUUUAUCUGUUCCUCACUCCCCGCGCAGAAAAAAAAAAGAAAUUUGUUUGUAAGAAACGUAAACUUGCUUUUUGCGAAAAUUUAAAACGUUGGGGGAACGUUACGUCCAAAAUUUUGUUUCGAGGAACACUCGCGUCAUUCUCAUUUCUGAAGCUUUGAUUAAAACGAAAACGGAUUACGACUCUUUUUUCGCAUUUGCCUAUGGAUCACAAUGAAGUUCUUCGUUGCCAGAUUGUUGCAAAAAGAAAAAAAAGGUUCGCUGUUUUAGCCGACAGUGUACGUAGAGUUGCAAUGCACCUUGGAAACUCCUCGAGUUCCCCUUAUGUUUUUUCGUGCUUUCAUCUAAAAACAAGCAUAACAAUUGUCCUGCUGAUAUGGUAUUUCAUCCAAGAAAGAUGUUGUUAACGCCUCCUGUGGUACUUUUUUUCACAGAAGUGGCUUCAUGUUAAGACAGGAAGAACAGGUGAGGCGGGAGCAUACACAUGGAGUAUCCCGAACUGCUACGGCGACAUAUGUUCGCCAAGCUUUGAGAUGUGGGGCCGUAAGUGGCGACUGUUCUGCAUAAGACGAGGAGGCAUCAUCCACUACGGCCUUGAAAAUGAAGAGGAGACAGGCCUAUCCACUUGUCAGUGA